AUGUCUGAAGCAACGAUUAUGUCUGUGAAUGAUCAGACAAUUAAACUUGAACCCCCAGAAUAUUCAAUGGAAGACAUUAAACUUGAAAAUGAAUUUGAUGAUCUUGAAGGUAUUGUCAAGUCUGAAUCAUGUUUAGAAGAUAAUGAAACUUGUCUGGAAAGAUUUAUGAAUUCCGAAGUAACUAUUGAAGGAGAAAUCAAACAGGAGGUAAUUGAGACACCGGGUUAUGAAUUUGACAUUUGUAAUAGAUCAUUUUCAGAAUCUAAUUAUUUGAAAGAGCACAUGGUUGACCACACACCUAUAAAUGACAAAAAGGGUAACAAUAAAUGCAAUGCAAGUGAUAAGACAUUUAAAUAUUCAUCACAAUUGCAACAUGACAUGAUCACUCAUAACACAGAACGCCCUUUCGAAUGCAAAAUCUGUGGUAAGACAUUCAAAGAAAAAAGCACUUUGAGAAGACAUUUGCUUAUUCAUGUGGGAAACCGCCCUUUCAAAUGUGAAUUAUGCAAUAAGACAUUCCUACGAAAAUUUUGUCUGAAAUCACACAUGGUCACUCAUACCAAAGACCGUCCUUUCAAAUGUGAAAUGUGUAAUCAGACAUUCUCACUAAAAUAUAAUCUGAAAUCACACAUGGUCACUCAUACCAAAGAGCGUCGUUUCAAAUGUGAUAUAUGCAAUCACACAUUUCUACGAAAAUGUAAUCUGAAAUCACACAUGAUCACUCAUACCAAAGAGCGUCGUUUCAAAUGUCAUUUAUGUAGUAAAACAUACUCACAAUCGGGUGACUUGAAAAGGCACAUGCGUAUUCAUACAGGAGAACGCCCGUUUAAAUGUCAAAUUUGCAGUAAAACAUUCUCACACUCUGGCGUCUUGACAAAGCACAUGCUUAUUCAUACAGGAGAACGCCCUUUCCAGUGUGGAAUAUGUAAUCAGAGAUUUUCACAAAAAUUUAUUCUGAAAUCACACAUGGCCACUCAUACCAAAGACCAUCCUUUUAAAUGUGAUACAUGCAACAAGGAAUUUACACAAUCGUGCAACUUGAAGAGACACAAAGUGAAAGUUCAUAGUAGAAAAUGUGAUGAAGAUCAAUGA